AUGGAGCAAGCCCCUUACAAAAAUAUUAAAAUUGCUGCCAUAAAUGUCAAUUCAAUUGGUAUGAUUAAACGUAGAUACGAUCUACAAACCUUCAUUGAUCAAAACAAGAUUGACAUAUGUCAUAUAUCUGAAACAAAAUUCAAUGUCAAGCAUAAAGUCCAACUGUCUAAUUAUCAGAUAGUCAGAACAGACAGGCCCAACUCAACCAAAGGUGGUGGGACUGCUAUAGCCAUUCACAGCAAGCUUAAAUUCACUACAAUUCAUUUUCCUAAUUCUUUAAAUAAUAAAGUCAUAGAGUUUACAGCAAUAAAAAUAAAAACUAAUCCUAAAACAAAUUUAACAAUCAUUAGCAUCUAUGCGACACAAAGUAACGGUCAAAAAUUCAUUCACGAACUGGCAAAAUUGAUGAAAGACUUCAAGCUUGACACCAGCAACAACUACUACUUGAUAGCAGGUGAUUUCAACGCAAAGAGUACUACGUGGGGUGAUGAGACAUCAAAUGACAGAGGCGACAAACUGAUAAAUUGGCUGGAAGCCAAUUACAUAGACAACACUCCAACAGGACUAACCUUCCCUAAAGCCAAAUCCUACCUGGAUCACUGCAUCAUUGACAUGAGAAUUGACAUCGAGAACCUUGAAAAUGGAAAACUUCCAAUCCUACCAUAUGAUACCACAAUUCCACUCACCAAGAAAAGAGAAGACUAUUUCCUAAAAUACAACAAUAAAUCCAUUAAACGCCUACAUGCAUUUAAAUCAUAUCUUAUCAGAAGACAAUUUGAUAAUAUCCCCAUCAGUAAUCAGGAAAAAUCCAGAAUCAAGUUCACCAUCAAAAGAACAAAUAAACUUAUCCAUAAGGAAUUUAAAAAUACAGUCACUGCUUACUGGAAGGCACAGAUCAAGAGUAUUAAUUACAAAAAUCCACAAGAAUUUUUCCUUAAAAUUAACCGUAUGCUCAGACCAAAGAAAGACAUCAGCAUCAACACGUUGAAAAUUCCAUUGGACAAUAGUACUCUUAGCAACCACUGCUCCAAUAAGUUUCCAGACCUAGUCAAUAACAACGAAAUUAUAGCUACAGAUCCUGAUACAAAAUUACAUAUCAUAGAUGACAGAGUCAUCUACAUAGCUGACCCCAAUGUAGACAUCAUCACAGCCAAACUGCAAGACCGUGUUAAUAAAAUCAAUGACCAUUAUUUGAGAUGGAACUUGAAGAUCAAUGGGCUGAAAAGUGAAAUAAUCUUCUUCAGACGUCCCUGUAAACAAAUAAAAGUGUCGCAAUAUAACAGGAUAAAGGCGGCCAAGAUCACAAUAACUGAUCACCUGGGUCUAAAAACUGAUAUACCGGUUAAAAAAAUUGUAAAAUACCUGGGACACAACUUGAAAAAGGCAAUAAAAAUCAACUCCAGAAUAUUUUAUAAUAGAAAUCUGUCUCCCAAAGCAAAACUGAUCUGCUAUCAGUUAUUAAUCCGUCCAUUGAUCACCUACGCUGCACCUAUACUCUGGAACAUGAACCACACGGUCAUGGAAAAGUAUAGGAGACUGGAGAGAUCAGCUCCACGUUCCUGCAUUGGCAUGUAUCGUAAACCAGAGACAGAUUAUCGGGAAAGAUUAAUCAUCUACCACGCGAGACGACAUUGCUUCAAUAAAAAGCUAACAACUGAACUUUUUGAAGAGUCAAAUAAGAUGUUCUCAACUUCACUGCCAAAAGUGGACCUCUGCGACACACACCGUCUUAAUAAAAAUUACUGGUGGCACCAGAAAGAUGCUGAAUAUCUAGACGAGAUCAGGAGAAGAACAGUUUGGGACCAUUAA